GGAGAAAACGAUAGCUAGUUAGUACUUCUCGCACGCUGCCCGCGGCCAUUGCUGGCCAACGGAAAUGGAGCUCUCCGCCUCCGGACGGAAUAUCUUUCAGUGAUGCAAUCACUGCCAGCGCCACCUAUAAGUAACGCCUCUCUUCCAGAGCGUAUGGCUUCGCUCUGAACCUGCCGCUGAUUAGUCGGAGGCCAAAACCCAGAGGAAUCGCAUCUCAGUUUCGUCCCUUCCUAGCUAUAUAUAUUCAUCUUGAUAUUUUUCUGACAGCCUUCAUCUGGGACUGCCUGCUCCAUCGCUGCAGUUCCGAUCUCUUCCGCAUCCCGGAUCGCCGAGAUCAGUAUUGGGCUUUCAGUAAGAGAGAAAAUUAUCAAGGAAUGCUGGAAGAUGUGCUUGCAUGUUAGAGAGCUACCUUAUGUGGGAAUUGGCAGGGUAGCCAAACAUAUUUGCACUUUGCUUGAUCUUGAUGACAUUGAAGUACAAGCAUAUGCACAACCAUUGCUCCAUGCGCACACGCACAAUGGGGCUAGAUGCGGCAGCUCAACCAUCAUGUUAGAUUACCAUCUUGGUAGAGACGGCUGAAAUCGCUGGUCAUUUAUUACAGACUCCCUCCACAUCAUUGAGUGGUCAUCACCACCUCUUCAGGUUUCAAAAUCAUCGCUUCUGUUGUGCAUAACACACUGUGAAGAUGGUAGAGAAAGGGAAUAUUCUGAUGGAGAAAUACGAGAUAGGGAAGUUACUUGGCAAAGGGAGUUUUGCUAAAGUCUACCAUGCUCGUAAUGUGAAGACUACACAGAGUGUUGCCAUCAAGGUGAUUGACAAAGAGAAGAUCUUGAAGUGCGGUCUUAUGGAUCAAAUAAGUCGAGAAAUUUCUGUGAUGAAGUUGGUGAGGCAUCUAAACAUUGUCCAAUUGUAUGAGGUGAUGGCCACGAAAACUAAGAUAUAUUUUGUGCUAGAGUAUGUCAAGGGAGGAGAGUUGUUCAACAAGGUUCAACGUGGACGGCUGAAAGAAGAUGUUGCUCGGAAGUACUUCCAACAGCUAAUUAGUGCUGUUGACUUUUGUCACAGUAGAGGGGUUUAUCACCGUGAUUUGAAGCCUGAAAAUCUUCUUCUCGAUGAAAAUCGCAAUUUAAAGAUAUCAGACUUUGGUUUGAGUGCACUUCCAGAUUGCAAGCGACAAGAUGGGUUACUCCACACGAGUUGUGGUACUCCUGCGUAUGUUGCUCCAGAAGUAAUUCACAGAAAAGGAUAUGAUGGUGCAAAAGCUGACAUCUGGGCUUGUGGAGUGAUCCUCUAUGUAUUGUUGGCAGGUUAUCUUCCUUUUCAAGAAAAGAAUUUGAUGCACAUGUAUAAGAAAAUUUGCAAAGCGGAACUUAAAUGGCCAAGCUGGUUUUGUUCAGAUGUUCGGAAACUUUUGCGGCGUAUUCUUCAUCCAAACCCUAGUACACGGAUCUCUAUGGCAGAAAUAAUGGAAAAUCCUUGGUUUAGAACUGGUCUUGAUGCAAGCUGGUUCAAUUAUACCGUGCAUCCAAUAGAGGAUGUUGUGCCUGUUGAUAUGGAUUUGGCUUUUGAUUCCAUAAAUAGCAGUACAAUUGAGGGCAAGCAAGCAAGAGAAAAACUUACUAAUUUGAAUGCUUUCGACAUCAUUUCUCUUUCAAAUGGAUUUGAUCUCUCUGGUAUGUUUGGGGAGAGUCCUAACAAGGAGGAGUCUAAAUUCACAUCUACCAACACAGCUUCAACAAUCAUCACAAAGCUCGAGGAAAUUGCAAAGAGCUUGCGACUAAGGCUUACAAAGAAAGAUGGUGGAUUGUUGAAGAUGGAAGGCUCGAAACCAGGAAGAAAAGGUGUGAUGUCUAUAAAUACUGAGAUAUUUCAGAUCACACCAAACUUUCAUGUGGUGGAGAUUAAGAAAACCAGUGGUGACACCCUUGAGUAUCAGAAGGUUAUGAAACAAGACAUUAGGCCAGCACUGAAGGACAUUGUCUGGGCUUGGCAAGGUGAGCAACCGCAAUAGCAGAGCCAACAAUAUGAGAUAUUGCGGCAAGUGUAACUGUAGUAGAGAUUGUGAGAAACUGAAAACCUCAUUGUUGGAUUCAAUAAUGUACUCUUUCUAUUUUUUUCAUUCUCAUAUUCUUACUAUGGUAUUUUAUGUUUGUAUUAACCAUUCAAUUGGAACAUGAUUUCUACCUA